GCAUACUACAAAUUAGUGUUAGUGCUCUUCUGUUAUUUACUCCGUUCCGAUACUACACGUCAAAAACUAACAACAAUCAACAUGGACGGUGGUCUACUUGAACCAUCUCUUUACUCUAUCAAGGCUAUUGCCAUUCUUGACAAUGACGGUAACAGACUCUUGGCAAAGUACUAUGAUGAAACAUUUCCAACUGCAAAAGAUCAAAAAGCUUUUGAAAAGAAUUUGUUCAACAAGACACACAGAGCAAAUGCUGAAAUCAUCAUGUUUGAAGGCCUGACUUGUGUGUACAAGAGCAAUGUGGAUCUUUUCUUCUAUGUUGUGGGCUCCUCCAUGGAGAAUGAGCUCAUUCUAGCCAGUGUUCUGAAUGCAUUCUAUGACUCAAUCAGCCAAAUAUUGCGGAAGAAUGUUGAGAAAAGGGCACUGCUGGACAAUUUAGAUGCUGUGUUCUUGGCAGCUGAUGAACUCUGUGAUGGGGGGAUUGUAUUGGAGGCAGACAGUAACGCCAUUGUACAGAAAGUUGCAAUAAGAAAUGAAGAUAUUCCACUGGGAGAACAGACGAUGGCACAGAUUACGGCCAAAUAUAGCCAGCAGGUGUCCGCAGCCACGGAUAGGGUGCUGCAGUCUGCCAAAGACCAGAUCAAGUGGUCUCUACUGAAAUGAGUUUUUUGUAUCUACUAAGUCACUGGACCAUUUUGUGUAGACUGUAUGGGGACUGUGUGGCAAGGCAUUUUAAAUCAUCUCACUAUUUAUAUGACUGACAUUCACUUGACUGACUUGCUAUACAUUUCUAUACAUGUAAUAGAAACAAAGUUUGGGACUGACAUUCACUUGAUUGACUUGCUAUACAUUUUCUAUACAUGUAAUAGAAACAAAGUUUGGGGCCAUGGAUUGUUUUCUCCUUGCUACCCAGCCCUGCUCUUGGUGUAAAUGUUUGAAAUGUGAAAAUUGUGUUGGGAGAGUUUGUUAUCCAACAUUGCUCUUUACUGCCAGAAUAAGUUCAUGUUACAAGGCAUCCUGUGGAAAAAAAUGUCUGGAUACGAUGUCUGUCCUUUUUAAAAGAGAAGCGAGUGUUUAUUUGAAUGAAAAGAGUGUUGCCUCCCAUGUUUGUAUUCACAACACAUGGGAGAUAAUUUAUAUAUAAAAUAAAAUAUGAACAAAC